AUGCCACUUCUCCCAACACCCGAUACUUCUCACGUCGAUUAUGAUCAAAUUUACGAGCCCAGUGAAGAUUCUUACUUGUUGUUAGACACACUAAGCAGUGACUCUGAAAUCUCAUUUCUCAAAGAGCGCUUUCCCACCCAAAAUGCAGUACCUAUUGUUCUCGAAGUUGGCACGGGCUCAGGUGUAGUGCUUAGUUUUCUCACGACAAAUUCAUCGACAAUCUUUGGACAUGACUCGGUCCUUACUUUAGGAAUUGACGUCUCGACCCCUGCAAAUAAAGCCACGAAUGAGACUAUCUCUAGGAACAAGCCGCGGGGACACUACCUCGAUUCUCUGACUGCGAACCUUGUGUCGCCCUUAAGAGAUGGGACCGUGGACAUGCUUGUUUUUAACCCCCCAUAUGUGCCAACAUCUGAGCUGCCAAUUCUUCCGGGCGAGGAGGAUGCAGAGGGAGGGCGUAAGCUGGACUUGCUAGAGCUGACUUACGCCGGGGGACCUGAUGGGAUGCUCACAACGGACCGACUUUUGGACUCUUUGGAAAAGGUACUGAGCAAGGAUCGCGGAGUAGCGUAUAUUCUGCUAUGUGCACAGAAUAAACCGGAAGCUGUUGCUGAGCGGUUGAGAUCUGGGAGAUACGGAGAGGAAGGCAUAAGAUGGCAGGUUGAAAAGGUUGGGAGCUCUGGGAAGAAGGGAGGAUGGGAAGUUUUGGGGAUUUGGAGGAUUUGGAGAUAA